CCACCACCUGACACUUGUCUGGUAAGCACGCCUAACGACCACGAGUCGGACUGCAUGUAUUUUCUUCAUUUCACGCACAGCCUAUCCUCCCGCCUUAUAAAUAUCUUAGCACAAUCCCCAAUUGUCAUAGCGUCAUGGGGCCGGCCCAUCUUGCUCAGGGUCCAGUGCCAGGUCAAUCCGGCGGACGCUAAGACAGCCCUACAAAAGCACUGCGACGUUGCUGCUUUUACUCACUGACACUGGUUGC